CCUCUUCUCUCUCUUCCAUCCUUUCUCCCUUCCCCAUCUAUACCCUUUUCGCUCUUCAACACCAUCACAAUGUUUAAGAGCGGUCUGGCCCGGACCUUCGGGAGGGCUGCUUUUGCUCGACCUUCCCCCGUCGCACGCCGCGCCCUCCAGCCCUCCAAGCUCAAUGGCUUCCCUUCAUUCGCUCGCCUCGCCAGCACUGAGACCGCUGCCGGUGGAAAGAUUCACCAGGUCAUCGGUGCCGUCGUCGACGUGAAGUUUGAGGGUGAGAAGCUUCCCGCCAUUCUCAACGCCAUUGAGACCGAGAACAACGGCCAGAAGCUCGUUCUCGAGGUUUCUCAACACUUGGGUGAGAAUGUCGUCCGUACCAUUGCUAUGGAUGGUACCGAGGGUCUUACUCGUGGUGCUCCCGCCCGUGACACUGGCGCUCCCAUCACCAUCCCUGUCGGCCCUGGCACCCUUGGUCGUAUCGUCAACGUCACUGGUGACCCCAUUGACGAGCGUGGCCCCAUCAAGGCCACCAAGUAUGCCCCCAUUCACGCUGAGGCUCCCGAGUUCACCGAGCAGUCCACCACUGCUGAGAUUCUCGUCACUGGUAUCAAGGUUGUUGACCUUCUUGCCCCCUACGCUCGUGGUGGUAAGAUUGGUCUCUUCGGUGGUGCCGGUGUCGGUAAGACCGUGUUCAUUCAGGAGCUGAUUAACAACAUCGCCAAGGCUCACGGUGGUUACUCUGUUUUCACCGGUGUCGGUGAGCGUACUCGUGAGGGUAACGAUCUGUACCACGAAAUGCAGGAGACCGGUGUCAUUCAGCUCGAUGGUGAAUCCAAGGUGUCUCUGGUGUUCGGUCAGAUGAACGAGCCCCCCGGUGCUCGUGCCCGUGUCGCCCUUACUGGUCUGACCAUUGCUGAAUACUUCCGUGACGAGGAGGGUCAGGACGUGCUGCUCUUCAUUGACAACAUUUUCCGUUUCACCCAGGCCGGUUCUGAGGUGUCUGCCCUUCUCGGUCGUAUCCCCUCUGCCGUCGGUUACCAGCCCACUCUGGCCGUCGACAUGGGUGGUAUGCAGGAACGUAUUACCACUACCACCAAGGGUUCCAUUACCUCCGUCCAGGCCGUCUACGUGCCCGCUGACGAUCUGACUGACCCUGCCCCCGCCACCACCUUCGCUCACUUGGAUGCCACCACUGUCUUGUCUCGUGGUAUUUCUGAGUUGGGUAUCUACCCUGCUGUCGACCCUCUUGACUCUAAGUCUCGUAUGCUGGACCCCCGUAUUGUCGGUGAGGAACACUACAACACCGCCACUCGUGUCCAGCAGAUGCUUCAGGAGUACAAGUCCCUUCAGGAUAUCAUUGCCAUUCUUGGUAUGGACGAACUUUCUGAGGCUGACAAGCUUACUGUCGAGCGUGCUCGUAAGCUUGAGCGUUUCCUCUCUCAGCCUUUCACCGUCGCCCAGGUCUUCACUGGUAUCGAGGGUAAGCUCGUCGACCUUAAGGACACCAUCGCCUCUUUCAAGGCUAUCAUGAACGGUGAGGGUGAUGACCUUCCUGAGGCUGCCUUCUACAUGGUUGGUGACUUGGCCUCCGCCCGUGCUAAGGGUGAGAAGAUCUUGGCCGAUCUCGCCAAGAACUAAAUGUAAUAUUGCUUUGAAGCGCCCUUUUUCCUUUUUGUUAGACAUGGACUUCCUUUUCUCAUUGUUCCAUUUUCCGUCGAUGCGUGUACAGUACUCGAAUUGAGAAGAAGGAAGUUGAAAAAAGAAAGGUCAAUUCCUCUACUUUUAAAGGGAAAAGGAGCACUCAGUCCCGGCAACCCCCUUGAAGUCUCGGAUGCAGAACAUCUAGACUCGUGUGACAAUAUAUUGUGCUCAUGUAAGUAAAUUAAAUGACCACACCCGGCCUUAUACCCUCGGGCAGGGACAACAUGUAUCAUUUCUUUUGUUGGAUUGGAAAAUAUGGUUUAUUC